AUGAUUGAGAAUUGUAGGUCCCCGCAUUUCAUUCCUUCCUCCUCUAAACAGAGGCCGAAGAGCAAAUUCAAGCUUGGUGAUACUUUUGCUUGCACGCAUCCAAUGUCUUACCCACUCAGUCACAGAAUCACCAACAGCAGCUACCAGUCCACUGCUCUACCUUCCUCCUUCGUCAAUCCCACCCUUCAGCGUCCCGUUAGGCUUCCCAUCUCCAUUCUCGGGUUUUCCAGAAGGAUUUACAUCCAUGAACUGAACGGUGGCGCUCCAGCUCGACUCCCUUCGCCGCCGCUUCUCUGCUCAAUCAAAGCCGACAACAAUGCUUAUGAUCCCAGGGAGUCAGGAAACAGUCAUAACCACGAAGGUUCGGUGGAAAAGGAUGACACUGGUCAAGGGUCAUUCACUUUCAACUCGAAGGAGGUAUUGAAGAAGCUAAGAAGAUAUGGAGUUUCUGGUGUGUUAGCUUAUGGGCUCCUGAAUACUGCCUACUACCUGACAACCUUUCUUUUUGUCUGGUUAUAUGUUGCUCCGGCUCCUGGAAAGAUGGGGUUUUCUGCUGCUGCUGAAAGGUUUCUCAAAGUGAUGGCCAUGGUAUGGGCUGGAAGCCAAGUUACUAAAGUUGUUCGAGCAGGAGGGGCUCUUGCUCUUGCACCUUUUGUUGACAGAGGAUUGUCAUGGUUCACUGCCAAAUUCAGGUUCGAGAAUCAAGGAAAGGCGUUCGCUGUAAUUGCUGGAGCCUGUUUUGGAAUCGCCAUACUUCUAUUCCUCGUUGUGACAUUACUCUGGGCAUAA